UUAACUUUACCGAUCCAAUGUUUGCCCUAGGUGCUGAAAUGAGAGAGGCCAUUCAGCACGCGAUGCAAGUCAACAGGGAAGGCAGCUGUCAGUGGCCACGUGCGCGAGUCAUUCCGGUACGUGACGUUUAUCCGAGUCCGUCAACCACCUACGUCCCACACUGCGCUAUAUUGCACAGGUGCUCGGACGACACCGGAUGUUGCAGAUCGGAAGCGCUCACCUGCGUGCCGAAGCACUCUCAUCGCGUCGAGCUUUUUUUCUACACCGCGAACGUGGCCGGCGGCACUGUAGUGGAGAAGCUAUCGUUCUACAAUCACACAGAAUGCGAAUGCAGGGAGAGGUCCAAAUACGACACGACAAACGAGAAAUUUGCAGACCAGAGAGUGUAUCGGCACUCCUCGUCGCCCCCACAAAACAUGAAGAAACCGCCAUCGAGAAAACCAUGCCGAUGCCCGUCGGAAUUCACGCCGAGGAUCACGCUGGAAGGCGCUUGUCAAUGUAAUUGCUACGACAGCAAUCAGAAUUGUAUAAAGACCAGACGCGGAAAGGGAUACUUCUCCCUCGCGGACAGAAUAUGCAUUCAGAGCAAUGAAUGUGCCAUGCCUAAUUGCGAAUUCGGCGAAUACAUGAAACGGCCAGGCAAAUGUCCAGGAAAAAGGGACACCUUCAACGCAAUGGCAGGUAGCGCAUACCGUACGAAUCUAAAUCACCGAUUCAGAAGCUAGAGGAAUCGCGAUUAAUAUAUACGGAUAGCAAAAGAAGGAAGGAUAACGGUUGCAUAAAAUACAAUUCGUGUCGUGCCAAUGAAGAGAAAGAUAGCGCGAUGAAGCGCACGAGAAAUUGAUGGUGCCAUUUUCUUGUUUUUUUUUUUUUUAAGUGUGUCUUCAUCAGAAAGAAAAAGAGAGAGAGAGAGAGAGAGAGAGAGAGAGAAAGAGAGACUCAUUAUAUAUGUAUAUGUGUACGUGUAUCCCUGUCAUUAUGUAUAAAUGUACAUCGCUAUCCGGGCCCGUACGCGUAUAUCAUCGUCGCUUUUUCUUUUCUAUCGUUCGUCAACGAGAAUACGAUAGUAAUAAUGUGAUCGUUAAUUUUCAAUACCAGUAGUUGUCACGGGAAUAGUAAAAUAUUUCGAUGUUUAAGAGAGUGACGAGGAUCAUUUUAUAACGAUAUCUCGCGGCGGCUUACCGAUGUGCGUUAAAAAUAAAAAAUAAAUAUCCAAGAUUUUACGCACAUAUGUCAUUGAUAUAGGAAAAUAACAUUCUAUACAACUCUCAAGCGAUUUUUAGAAGAAUACAACGUAUUGUAUAAAUUAGUGAUUAUACUGCAAAAUUACCAGUGAUGAUAAAAAGUGCUUCUAGUUAUAUAAUUUUUGAAGAGAAAUGAUUAAAAAGAACUGCCUUCUUUGAGCAGGAAUCUCGUCGGCGAGGACUCGAGAAAUCGCAUCGCUAAAAUUAUGUAGAUCUAAGAGGAUGCGAUACGUGUCUUUUACGUUAAUGGUAAUUUUAUGCGAUAAACGAUGUGUCGUAGUAUCAUAGUUUACGCUGAGAAGACCUCGGACGCGAGCCUAGUCUGAGAUCCUGUUUCCGUUCUGCGUGAGAAGACUUCACAUUCGUUACAUCUUGCGAGGACUGUUGAAUCCCUUUCAUUCUCAUUCGUUUCAUUAAACAUGACUAUAUAUCAUGCUUUGCCUGAAAUGUAUUUACGGAAAUAAUUACAUCAAGAGUAAAAAUACCAAAGUCCGAAUACAGACAUGGACGUUCACGCAGAAUUGAAACAGAUCAUUAAUGUAUCCACAUAUUUUGUAUGUUACAUAAUAGAAUAUCUUUAUUGUAUUUAAUCGAGCAUUAAUGUAUAACGGCAUGUUCGUUAAUUUAAUAUUUAAAUAGUGGAUGUAAAACCAUACUGAGAGAGGAGAGCUGCGUGCUCUCUUCUCUUGCGUCUUUACGCAGGUGAUGUAACACGAGGAAGGCCCUUAUAAUCGCUGCAAGCGAUGCAGCCGCGUGUAUUUGUAACUUUGUAUUUUCUAUGUUAUUAAAAAAAAAUAGCAAAAUCACAAAGAAUUAAAAUAGGUCGAUUGUGUGCAUUGAAUCGUAAAUGCGUGCUUGGACUAUGCGAUUGUUUGCGAGAAAAAAUAGCCAUUAUAAUGUUAAUUACCGCCGCUUCUUUACUACGUGAAUAUAAUAAUCUGAAAAUAUGAAAAAUAUAUCGAUUAUAU